CGGGAAGCGCUUGCGCGGGGAGGCUCGUGGCCCCCGCCGCUCCUGCCGCUGAGUCAACCCAGACGGGAGCUCAGACGCCCUGGUCCCGGUUGUCGGGCCGGUGGUCUGCUGAGAGGUGACUUGGUCCUGUGGGCCGCCGGGUGUUGUGCUUUAGUGUAAGGUAGGAUUUUGCUAUAAAAGAAAUAGCCGCAAGGAGCCUCUUGAGGUUGUCAGUAUAGAAAGCACCGCCGCAAGCAGCAGCCAUGCCUGCAGAAGGAGGGAAGACGGAUAUGGAGAGGAUUGGCCUCUUCAGUGAGAUGGAGUAUGUUACUGUUGGUGAUAAAUAUGUGUCCUCAUUUAAUCGACCCUUUAAUGACGCUGCAAGCAAAAAUAAACAGAUGCUACCUGGGGGAUCCAAAGCAAUGUCAAAUCUCCAGGCAGGUUAUUUUGAUCCCCAUUUUGUAAGGAUAUUUGAAGGUGAAGGCUAUGUAAAUCUGAAUCAAGUGAGGAGACGGCAUAUGAUGGAAGAAGCCAAAAAAAACCUAGGCAAAGCCUUCCUCCCUAGUAAUGGAGAUAAGAAGCCGUGUGGGUUAGGAACCUACUAUGGCACAAUAGGCGGUCCGGUGCCAUUCUUCAGCACACAGUUGAAACCCAGAGACAAAUAUGAGGUACCUGGAAAGAAUUUAUACACAAACCCGGGAAAGAAAGGAACAGGAUAUGGCUAUGCAAAUAUUACCAUAGGUAAACAGUUUCCACACUCUGCUGAUUUCUACGAUGCACCCAAACUAAAUUUUAAGAAGGAGAAUGAAGAACACCGUCGUUUAGUUAAAGGAACACCUUUCAAAUCAAAUCUUUACCCAAGGGAAUAUUUUGACACGAAUCCUUAUUUGUUUGAGAAAGCUUUACCACCAAUUAAAAAAACAGAGAAGAAAGAAUUACUUGCACACCCCUUUAAGCCUUCUUCUCCUGGUAAAAAGGCUGGCGGAAUGAAGGCAGGAACAUUUGAUCCUUACCCUUCACAUUCUGCUGACCCUUAUGUGGUUAAAUUGACUUCCAGCAAAGGUGCUAAGAUUUUCUAUCCACCAAGUGGACCAAAGAGCAGACCAACUGGAAGUAUAAUGACUUUGAAUGUCAAAAGGGCACUAAAUACGAAGAACUACAAGACUGCUUCAGUACAGUCCUGUUAGCAUCUGGAAGACAAAUAGCUUUCCAGGUCCUGACUACCAGUAAUUCAUUAUCAAGUGCUAAUUAUUUGAAAAUAACAUAAGAUAUGGAACAGGUGUCUCAGGCAUUUAAGAUAUUUAAGCCUGCAACUCUAAUAUUCUUCCUUGUUUUAGUACUAUUUCUUAAUGAAUAAAUAGUAUUUGUUAAUAAUUUA